UCAAACGAGGGCCAGAGGUUGCUCGGCUCUGGGAAAGAGAGAAAACAUUGGCACUGGCAGGCAGCAGCUAAGGUCCAAAGAAAGCUGCAGCAAAGGGGUACAGACGCUGCUGGGACCCAUGGCUGAGGAGGCCCCAGGGGAGAAAGGGCUGAGAAUUAGUGCUGCUACCCAGGAUGCCUCGGGCCUCCAGGACAGCUUGUUCUCCUCUGAAAGUGACAACAGCCUGUACUUCACCUACAGUGGCCAGUCCAACACCUUGGAGGUUCGAGACCUCAGUUACCAGGUGGACAUGGCCUCCCAGGUGCCUUGGUUUGAGCAGCUGGCUCAGUUCAAGAUGCCUUGGACAUCUCACAAGGACUCUUGCGAGCUGGGCAUCCAGAACCUGAGCUUCAAAGUGAGGAGCGGGCAGAUGCUGGCCAUCAUAGGGAGCUCAGGUUGUGGGAGAUCCUCUGUGCUGGAUGUGAUCACCGGGAGAGGCCAUGGCGGCAAGAUUAAGUCAGGCCAAGUCUGGAUCAACGAGCAGCCCAGCACACCUCAGCUGGUGAGGAAGUCUGUAGCCCACGUGCGCCAGCACGACCAGCUGCUCCCCAACCUGACGGUCCGGGAGACCUUGGCUUUUGUCGCCCAGCUGCGUCUGCCCAGAACCUUCUCCCAGGCCCAGCGUGACAAAAGGGUGGACGACGUGAUCGCGGAGCUGCGGCUGCGGCAGUGUGCCAACACGCGCGUGGGCAAUACGUACGUGCGCGGCGUGUCGGGGGGCGAGCGGCGGAGAGUCAGCAUCGGGGUGCAGCUUCUGUGGAAUCCAGGAAUCCUCAUUCUGGAUGAACCUACCUCUGGCCUCGACAGCUUCACAGCCCACAACCUGGUGAAAACCUUGUCCAGGCUGGCCAAAGGCAACAGGUUGGUGCUCAUCUCCCUCCACCAGCCUCGGUCGGACAUCUUCAGGCUGUUUGAUUUGGUCCUCCUGAUGACCUCCGGCACCACCAUCUACUUGGGGGCAGCGAAGCACAUGGUCCAGUAUUUCACAGCCCUUGGCUACCCCUGUCCUCGCUACAGCAACCCUGCCGACUUCUAUGUGGACCUGACCAGCAUUGACAGGAGGAGCAGAGAGCAGGAAGUGGCCACCAGGGAAAAGGCACAGUUGCUUGCAGCCCUGUUUCAAGAGAAAGUGUGUGGCUUCGAUGACUGUCUGUGGAGAGCAGAGGCCAGGGAGCUGGGCGAGGGCGCUGGUGCAGAGAGACUGGCCCUUCCGGUCCUCCAAAACAACACUGGCCACCUCCAGACCCCCACCAAGGUGCCCGGCCCCGUGCAGCAGUUUACCACACUGAUCCGUCGUCAGAUUUCCAAUGACUUCCGAGACCUGCCAACCCUGCUCAUCCACGGGGCGGAGGCCUGCCUGAUGUCCCUGGUCAUCGGCUUCCUGUAUUAUGGCCACGGAGCCAUCAAGCUCUCCUUCAUGGACACGGCGGCCCUCUUGUUCAUGAUCGGAGCUCUCAUCCCUUUCAACGUGAUCCUGGAUGUCAUUGCCAAAUGUCACUCGGAGAGGGCAAUGCUUUACUAUGAACUAGAAGACGGGCUGUACUCUGCUGGUCCAUAUUUCUUUGCCAAGAUUCUCGGGGAGCUUCCGGAGCACUGUGCCUAUAUUGUCAUCUAUGGGAUGCCCACCUACUGGCUGGCCAACCUACGCCCGGGCCCGGAGCCCUUCCUGCUGCACUUCCUGCUCGUGUGGCUGGUGGUCUUCUGCUGCAGGGUCAUGGCCCUCUGUGCUGCCGCCCUGCUGCCCACCUUCCACAUGUCGUCCUUCUUCGGCAACGCUCUCUACAACUCCUUCUACCUGACUGGGGGCUUCAUGAUAAGCUUGGACAACCUGUGGACAGUGCCCGCGGGGAUUUCCAAAGUGUCCUUCCUCCGAUGGUGUUUUGAAGGGCUGAUGCAGAUUCAAUUUAAAGGGCAAACUUUCGACUUGGCGGUCGGCGGCAACCUCACCGUCCCUGUCCAGGGAGACGUAAUCCUCAGCACCAUGCACCUGAACUCGUACCCACUCUACGCCAUCUACUUCAUCGUCAUCAGCAUCAGCGUUGGCUUCGUCGCCCUGUACUAUGUGUCCUUAAAGUUCAUCAAACAGAAAUCAAGUCAAGACUGGUGAUUCACGCCCAGACGCCCGCCUGCUGGGGGUGAACUCAAGCAGACUCUUCUACCGCACGCACUUCCUUUCUCCUCACGAGCCGCUUCCCCGGCACAAGGAACACGUGUGAACACAGACGCUCCGCUCCGUCCGGCCCACAGUGCUGCAGUGGCACAGGCUGGCCACUGGAUGGCAGUAGAAUAAAGACAGUCGAAAGGGGAUUCUGCUCACUGGCCAGAGUUUGCGAUUCCUGGGACUGUAAAAACCAUACUGGGGACACCUACCAUGUUGCUCAUGUAUUUCCUUUUGAUGUGUAUGUACAUAGGCAACUCGAUACGUGAUGGGAGCAAGUGAGGUAGGAAUUGAGUAGGUAGAUGAUGGAAGAAUUGGUAGGGCCCAGAGGGAACACCGUAACAGCGAGUGCAAUAUUUGUCCUCGUCUUUCCGAGUCCCCAAACUCUGUGUUAAGCCACUCUCAAUACAGAGAAUGACCUAAAACCUGCCAGUGAGAUGCUAUCCCAUAUUUUUGUGUCGGGUCAUGGGCUUCAAAAAGCCAAACGGAACAAUUAAACAUUCAUUGACUACUCUGAGCCGGGUACAACGCACAACACUUUACGUGGAAGACAUUCACUUCUCAGAACAACCCUUCAAGAUGCGGUGGGCAGUAUUCCAUUUUAUAGAUGGGAAAACUGAGGCACAAAUUCAGUAUGCUGAGUAAGGUCACACAGCAACUAUGUGGUGGAGUCACCUGGGGGUCAGAAAGGCCCUCGAGGCCUUUAGAAGUCAGAGGGCAAAAGGCAAGGCCUGAGCCUCUGUAAGGCUUGAAUCCCACAGGGCUCCAGAAGGUAAGAGCUUUAUAGAGGACGUGGCAGCUCAACCAGGUCUUCUCACCUAAGUUGCAUCUUACCGGGCCCGGCUGUGUCUCAGGAGCAGCCUUGACCCUUUCACAGUUGCCAGGUUAUGGGAUGGAGGUGGCCCAGGUGACAGGCUUCAUGUUUGAGUAUUAAGGACCAUUUUACCCAAAACAGGUGCAGAGAGAACAGGGAGGGGAUUGUUCCCAAAGGAAAACCAGAGUCUGGAACCAAAAGAAGGGGGAAGGUGGGUGUUUAGGAGGCAAAUGAUACGUGUUCACCACAGGUUCCCUGGACCCAUGCAACUCUGAGUGUGGUCUCGCCAGCUGCAUGGGCCUUGUCUGGGAGCUGGUGGGAAAGGCAGCAUCUCAGGCCCACCCAGACUCACUGAAUCAGAAUCGGCAUUUUAAGAAGAUUCCCCAGGAUGCACAUUUGAGUUUGAGAAGCAGUGUUCUGGCACAUCCCCCUUAUAUAAUACAACCAUCCAACUCCGUAUAUUCACAUUAUAACAUUGUUACGUUGCCACCAUCCAGUGGUCAGACCCCAUUCCAGAUUCACCGAUUGCUCUGACAAUGUCUUUCAUAGCAGAAGGAUCUGGAGGGGGAUCAAGUGUUGGAUCUAGUUGGCAGUUCUCUUUGGUCUCCUUCAGUUUAGAACAAUCCUCAACUUUCCUUGCCUUCCAUGACCUUGACCCAUGAAGAUUUUGUCGAAUAGCUCUCAAUCUGGAUUUGUCGGGUCAUCAGUUUCACGAUUAAAUCGAGGUCAUGCGUCUUUGGCAGGAACAUCACCGAGUGAUGUGCUCAUCUCAUUGCCUCCUCUCAGGCCAUUUCAAUUCAUCCCAUAAUGACAAAGUUCACUUUGAUCACUUGAUCAAAAGGGUGUCUGCUCGGCUCCUCCACAAGCACGUCACUAUUUCUCCUUCUUUUCUAAUUAACAAAGCAUUUCAUAGGUAGGUACUUAGAAACCAUGUAAAUUGUCUUCUCAGUAAACCUUCCAUUGAUUCAAUGUUGAAUUUAUAUCAAUAUAAACUAUGAUUUCCUAUUUUA